GGGUUUGUUGAUUUGUCGGAGAACCGUUAGUUAGCCUGACCGAUACGAUUAGCGUGGUCCCUCGGAGAGAUCCACCCUCCCUUCAGUAACAGCACUACUAGUGGUCCCUGAUACACUCAACUCAACUCACAGGCACACCACACUAGUAAGAGCCAUCUAGUACUAAACUAACAGUACUAAAGUAGCCAGUCCCAGCUUAGCGUCUUAGCCAGCAGUCCCUGCUUUUCUUUCCCUCCCCCCUGCUGCGAUGGAGUUACUUAUGGACCGACAAGAAUCGUUCCAUCCAAUGGUUAACUAGACAGAAGUUGACAAUUCCCAGGGUUGCACUUUUAGUGUUAUUUUCGACCUAGGUAGCUAAAGAAACAAGCGCCACUAGUGGCCGCUAUGAAGGUUUCGAGCAAUGGGCACUGCUCUUUUCAAUGGGACCUCCGAAAUUAUUUCGUUUGGGUUUGCUGCUUCUCUGCUCAAGACCCCCCACCUCUCUCCGUUUGCUCUCUCUUUUUCUUCAUAACCCAUCGCGUGCUGUUGUUGGAUCGGCUAUUGCCGUCGUUGCCACCGGUGGGUGGGAUUUGGUUUUGGGUUCGCUUUCGCUUGCAGAAAAAGUCUCUGUUUGUAUGCAUGCAUGCAUGUGUGUAGGUAUUGCACAAGUAUUGUACGUAGCGAUCGAUCGCAUACCAUUCAUUCAUUCUUUCUUUCUUUCUUUGUCUCUUUUCUUCUUCAAUCACUUGGUACACACUCACACGCCUGUAACAUACAGGCGUGUGAUAUGUCCACUUCUCACUACUUCAGUAUGAAUUGGUCAGACACUGCUUAUCUCGCUGCAAGUGGACAGGCAGUGAAAUUAGAGCAGGGAACAAAAAAGACUACCAAGGUAAAUCCGAUUCCAAGCAUUCCGGUCUCCCCAUAAGAGCUUGAGAUGGGUCUCUG